GCAACAGGCAGGCCAGUUCUAUCUCAUUCUGUUCUGUUUCCUCUGGGAACAACGAGAGAACUGCAGGGCACACUGCCCCACCCACCCAGCAAAAGCCUGUACUCUCCACCAACAUGCUUCUGGGGCACUUGAGCUACCAAAAUCCAGGAGGCAGGGGACACGUCCUCUCCCCCAGUGUGGCGGGCACAGAUGCAAUAAAGGACCCUGUGUGACAAGAGCCUUGCCCAUGGGUGGAGAGGUCUGGCCCUCACCAAGGCCACUGUCCCAUCUUGGCUCAAUGUCCCUUAACCACACUGGCCUUCCGACCAAAGGAAGAUAUAAGCAAGGAAGAAGCCAGCACAGCUCUGCAAACCCAGGAAAGGCAGCCUACACAUGCCACGUGCCCACCAUGUGAUAUAUGACUAGCCGUGUUGCAGAUGGGACCUGACAAGAGAAGCCACACAGCAUGAUCUCAUAAGGCCCCUUGCUGAGAAGAUGGCUCAACAACUCAGGAAGGUGAGGCCUUGGUGGAAGAAUCCCACCCACUCCCCUACUGUGGCAUAUUUUCCACCCUCACCAUGGCAACAAGGCCUCCACAGUGAUCGCCAUGAGUCAUGUCACGUGACCGGACCUCCUCAUGUGGCUCCCUUCAAUACUUUCAAUGCUUUACUUCACUUCUCUUCCCCUCUCACCUGCUCAUCUCUGCUGGUUCUUCCCUACUCACCUGCAUCCUAUGUCACAGGUACGGCACCCUCAGGAUGCCAAGGGAGGGGCUCACCUAACAAGCGCCUGAGCUAUCUUGACUAGUUUCUGUGUGUGUGUAUUGUUGGGGAGACAACCAAUUUAAUAACAAAAGCAGAUUUUGAGCUUGGUAAAAAAUAGAUCUUUGGCAUUUAAGGGGAAAAAACCCAGGGCGCUGGUUCCUUCCUUGCAUCCUGCUCAAAAAGGAUGGUCUUCUCCUUAGAUAUGUCACCUGCAGAGUCAUAUGGUUUCUGAUGCAUUCACAAAGGACUCCCACCAGGUAGAAACAGAUUUUCUACAAUGAUGACAUUAUUCUUCAAAGGCAGCCCUAAGUCAUGAAAGUUUGAAGAGUUCAGAGUAGUAGGGUCUCAACUGAAUCCCAACUACACUGAGUGUUGUGGCCUCAGCACCUUGGGGGGCUGGCUGGGGAGGGCACCCCAGUCUGUCUGAGGAACUAAAGAGCCUCCCAGGACAACUCUCAGCCUGGGGAAGAGAGAGGAGGUAGGAAUAAGGCUAUGGAGACCACACUGAAAGAAAUAUUUCCUCAAGAAAUGCUAAGGUCUCCCACCCUAUUCAUCAUGCCAACUGGGACUAAUUGAAGACCUAGUGCUCUGGCACCUCAGAGAUACAAAACACAUGGUGGCGGUGGUGCCCAAGGUGCUGGAGGUGGCAGCAUGCCAGGGAAGGCUCCCAUCUGCAGCCUCAGAAGACACCUAUGGAGAGGUGUCCAGGACUCUGGGCAGCAGAGGUCUUCAGCUUCAAGGAAAUGAUGGCAGCAGCCAUCCUAGAAGCACCUGGCCAAGUACAGAAGGUAGAGGUGGCAUGGUGGCUGAACCUGUCAAUCUAUGUUUGCUCCUUGGGGCUACCAGGAAGAAAGGAGGGGAACACAGAACCUGGCUGGAGCUUCUAUAGGCACAGAGGAUACAGGAACAAAAUCUGGAUUGUCUCUAUGCAGGCCCUAAUUCAUGCCUGCACUGCCACCGUGGGAGCCUGGGACUGUGGUGGACACCCCUCUGUUGAACACGGAAAGUCUGUCCCUCCGCACACGCUGUGGGAGCCCGGGACUGUGGGGGACACCCCUCUGCUGAACACAGAAAGUCUGUCCCUCCGCACACGCCGUGGGAGCCCGGGACUGUGGGGGACACCCCUCUUUGAACACGGAAAGUCUGUCCCUCCGCACAUGCCAUGGGAGCCUGCCCCUGCUCAGAGUGCCUGAAAGGCAAAGAACAAGAGAAGACCUCAGAUGUCAAGUCCAUUAAAGCUUCAAUAUCUGUACAUUCCCCACAAAAGAACACUAAAAAUCAUGCGUUGCUGGAGGCUGCAGGACCAAGUCAUGUUGCAAUCAAUGCCAUUUCUGCCAAUAUGGACUCCUUUUCAAGUAGUAGGACGGCAACACUUAAGAAGCAGCCAAGCCACAUGGAAGCCGCUCAUUUUGGUGACCUGGGCAGAUCUUGUCUGGACUACCAGACUCAAGAGACCAAAUCAAGUCUUUCAAAGACCCUUGAACAAGUCUUGCAUGAUACUGUUGUCCUUCCUUAUUUCAUUCAAUUCAUGGAACUUCGGAGAAUGGAGCAUUUGGUUAAAUUUUGGUUAGAGGCCGAAAGUUUUCACUCUACAACUUGGUCACGAAUAAGAGCACAUAGUCUGAACACGGUGAAGCAGAGCUCACUGGCUGAGCCUGUCUCUCCAUCUAAAAAGCACGAAACUACAGCCUCUUUUGUAACCGAGUCUCUUGAUAAGAGAUUGGAAGAUUCUAGCUCAGCCCAAUUGCUUAUGACUCAAUCAGAAGGAAUUGACAGGAAUAAUAGAACUAACAACACUCAGAAUUACUUGCUGCUUUCCCAGGAAUGUGACAGUGCCCAUUCUCUCCAUCUUGAAAUGGCCAGAGCAGGAACUCAUCAAGUUUCCAUGGACACCCACGAAUCCUCCUCCAGAUUUAUAGUAGCCAGUAGAAAUAAUCCCGCUUCUCCACUAAAGGAGUUAUCAGGAAAACUAAUGAAAAGUAUAGAACAAGAUGCGGUGAAUACUUUUACCAAAUAUAUAUCUCCAGAUGCUGCUAAACCAAUACCAAUUACAGAAGCAAUGAGAAAUGACAUCAUAGCAAAGAUUUGUGGAGAAGAUGGACAGGUAGAUCCCAACUGUUUUGUUUUGGCACAGUCCAUAGUCUUUAGUGCAAUGGAGCAAGAGCACUUUAGUGAGUUUCUGCGAAGUCACCAUUUCUGUAAAUACCAGAUUGAAGUGCUGACCAGUGGAACUGUUUACCUGGCUGACAUUCUCUUCUGUGAGUCAGCUCUCUUUUAUUUCUCUGAGUACAUGGAAAAAGAAGAUGCAGUCAAUAUCUUACAAUUCUGGUUGGCAGCAGAUAACUUCCAGUCUCAGCUUGCUGCCAAAAAGGGCCAGUAUGAUGGGCAGGAGGCACAGAAUGAUGCUAUGAUUUUAUAUGACAAGUACUUCUCCCUCCAAGCUACACAUCCUCUUGGAUUUGAUGAUGUUGUACGAUUAGAAAUUGAAUCCAAUAUCUGUAGGGAAGGGGGGCCUCUCCCUAACUGUUUUACAACUCCAUUACGUCAGGCCUGGACAACCAUGGAGAAGGUCUUUUUGCCUGGCUUUUUGUCCAGCAAUCUUUAUUAUAAAUAUUUGAAUGAUCUCAUCCAUUCAGUUCGAGGAGAUGAGUUUCUAGGAGGGAGUGUUCCACUGGCUGCCCAUGGUUCUGUUGGCCUUCCUGACGAAUCUAAUGUAGGCGGUUCUGACAGCUCUGCUUCUCAGUCCAGUAUGAAAAAGGCCAGUAUUAAAAUAUUGAAAAAUUUUGAUGAAGCGAUAAUUGUGGAUGCUGCAAGUUUGGAUCCAGAAUCUUUAUAUCAACGGACAUAUGCAGGGAAGAUGACAUUCGGAAGAGUCAGCGACUUGGGGCAAUUCAUCCGAGAAUCUGAGCCUGAACCUGAUGUAAAGAAAUCAAAAGGAUCUAUGUUCUCACAAGCUAUGAAGAAAUGGGUGCAAGGAAAUACCGAUGAGGCCCAAGAAGAGUUAGCUUGGAAGAUUGCUAAAAUGAUAGUCAGUGAUGUUAUGCAGCAGGCACAGUACGAUCAACCAUUAGAGAAAUCUACAAAGGAAGUGACAAACACUCCGGUGUCUAGGAUCGUGUGCUCCCGGCACCCAGCCAGGCCCAUCAUGCAGUGCAGCAGCCUCGCACUGGCCAGGGCGGCCGCCCAGAGCACCGCGAGACCCUGGCAUGGCAAGGGGACGGCAUAUGCCGCAGGUGGGGUGACAGGUGGUUUGGCUGAACUUGUGCCCUCACGGCCUCCCCCACGGAUCGCUGCAUCUGGACUUGGGCCUUUCCCGUAUCUGUUUUGGGUCGGAGGUAUCCUCCGCAAUUUGGGGGUGCCUUCUGCUGCUUUUCCGUCAUGUGCAGUUGGUGUAUCCGGUUUUUGUUAUUGUUUAAUUUUUGUUGCUGUUUUAUUUUAUUUUUUUUUGAGAUAGUCUCCUGGGCUAGA